UCCCGGCUCCCGUCGCGGCGCUCGCUGCCUCCGCCCCGGCCCGCCCCAGCGGCGCGGCUAGUGGCGAGCGGACGGGACCGGCGCGGCGCGGUGGAGCGGCACUGUCGGGGAAGCGGCGAUGGCCGAUUACUGGAAGUCUCAGCCAAAAAAAUUCUGCGACUACUGCAAGUGCUGGAUAGCAGACAACAGACCUAGCAUUGAUUUCCACGAGAGAGGCAAAAAUCAUAAAGAGAAUGUGGCAAAAAGAAUUAGUGAGAUUAAAAAGAAAAGCUUGGAGAAGGCCAAAGAAGAAGAAAACAUGUCCAAAGAAUUUGCAGCGAUGGAGGAGGCUGCAAUGAAAGCGUAUCAAGAGGAUUUGAAAAGGCUGGGAAUCAAGCCAGAUGAAGUAGGUCCCAGUUCAACACAGAGUAAAACACAGAGUAACACAGAGGAGACUAAGGAAAAGAAAGAGAAGAAGGAAAAGAAGGAAAAGAAAGAGAAGAAAAAAAAGACACCUCAGGACACCUCAGUGCCAGCAAAAACUGAAACCAAGGAAUGGGUGCAAGGACUUUCUCCUGAAGGCUAUACAUAUUACUACAACACAAGAACAGGAGAAUCACAGUGGGAGAAACCUAAAGGCUUCCAAGGCAACUCUCAAAACUCGCAAACGGGAGCAGAGUGGGUAGAAGGUGCCACUGAGGAUGGUCACACCUACUACUACAACACACAAACAGGAGUAUCCACGUGGGAGAAACCAGAUGGUUUUGUUUCAUCUUCAAAUGAGAAGAGUCAACGUGACUCAUCUGAAUCAGACUCAGAAGAUAGUGGGAAUGAAGCACAGAGUUCAGAAAGAAGUUUCAAGAGGAAAGGAGAUAAUGGUGAAGAAUCAGAGGAAGGGAAAAAAUCUGCCAAAGCUAAGAAGUUAAGUCCUUAUGGGAAAUGGCAAGAAGUCAAGCCAGAAGAAACUGCUGAUAAAGAGAAGAGUACAUCAGCUUCCCCAGAAGCUUCCAGCGAUGCAGCCGAGGCCAAGCCUCUUGGGAAAUGGAAAGCCAUUAGUGAAAAAGAAGAUGAAGAACCAUGUGAAAAUGUGGACCUGGAGCUUCCUACUACAGAGAGCGACACUCUGCCACCUCCAGUGCUCGAUAUCCCAGAAGAAGAAACAGUGAUCUUCCAGGAGAAGACCGUCACCUCCCUUGGAGACCUGACAGAAGGGGUGCCCACCUUUAAGAAGAGGAAACCUGAAAAUGGGAAAUCCAGAAACUUGAGACCAAGACUCAGUGAUCAGUAACACUUACCCAA